GAAAUUUGCAAUGCUCUAUCAACGUUGGAGGUAUCCGCUGAAAUGUUGAGCUACAUUUUAGCCUAAAAUAAAGUUUUGUACUUGCAGCGCGCUGACAUGGACAAGUCGCCUUAUAAUGACGUCACUGUAUGUUUACGUUUAUUAUAGUAGAUUACCGUUUAGAAACAGCGAACAGUGUGACUGAACUCUAUGUAGUGACUGUUUACUAGGCGACAUGUUUUCAACUCCAUGGGUAAAGUUUGAAACUUCUUCACAAAACCUUUCAAACUACCUUGGCUAGAAUGGCAAAGGUAGCGGUGUCAUUCCUAUUAUUCCAUAUGCUUUAUUGGGCCAGUAGCAACACGCUCGUUUUCCAGCCGUCCUCCAUCAUUGCUACAGGACCGAGAAUCACUGCUCUUUUACUCGGAAACUUAAAAGAUGUGUCACUGAAUGUGCGCACCGUGUUUACAUCUAAUUUAACAGGAAGCAUUGAGCCUCCAUCGUGUGAACCUGAGGAAACUCAGUGGAUUGUCACAAAGCAACUGGUUGGGACGAAUGCUCUCCAAGUUAAUCUACAACUAAAUAAAAGUCUGCAUUUCUGUGGUGAAAACGAAACUGAUUGCUGUCCAGAGCCCCUGUGUGUUCUUGAGAGCCUCCAGGUAUCCGCCUGCGUGGAGAACACACCUAAGACAUCAUUACUGAUCCAGGCCAAGAUUCAUGCUCAUUUGAUAACUACCUUUCCCGGAUCUGAUAAUCAAACAGUCAUCCCAAACCAAGUGUAUGAGCCUCUGGGCUCCUGUCCUUGUGACCUCACUGCUGGAAUAUGUGAUAUCCGAUGCUGUUGUGACAAGGACUGUUCAAGUGAAGAAUUGAAGCUGUUUAAGUCUCACUGUUUCCUGGGACCCUUUGGUGGGCAACUCCCUCCUGUUCCAGACUAUCAUUGUUCUGCACAGAGAGAGGACUCUCCAGAUUGGUUUCCAUUUCUGUGUGUCAUCUCCCCACCUGAGAACAACCCAUACUUGGGGCACUUUUAUCAUGGAGACACAAUUGCAGCAAAGCCUCACCCCUCCUUCCAAAAGCCUGUUUUGUCUGCGCCGGUUUUUAACAUUUACAAACAAGGAAAUCCUAUUUUUACUUCGGAUGAUCAGUUGUUCACCAUUCCGCAGAUGGUCAAUGGACACUGUCUAAACAAUGCUCCUGUUGCCUUUUUGGAGAAUUUUAGUUUCCAAUGUGUAACCGUGCUGAGCUCUUGUCCAAAUGAUUUCCCUUUACAAACACUUCCUUCCGACUUGAGCAUUCACGUAAACAAUGGGGUAGGGGGGGAUGUCACAGUAGUUGUGACGAAUGAAGUGGUAAAGGAUUUGAAUCAUUUCCUUACAAAUGCAGCUUUUGAAUCCGAUUCAGAUAUGGAGCACGUAUGUGACAAUGUGACCUUGGCUUUGGAUUACACAUUCAUCUGGAAAGGAAACAACAUCACAAAUAUCAACCUUAGACACUCUGUUGGGAAAUUAACUUUUAAAGGAAGUGUGGAGUUAACAACAAGAUAUUCUGCUGUUUUCGUGACAAGAGAACCUGUAGGAGAAUCCAACUCAGGGAAUCCAGGUUAUCAAUUGGGAAGACCUGUCAUUGCUGGUAUUGAGAACACACAACAUAAUUUCUCUGUGCAGAGGACAUCAAUCAACCUCUGGAAACCAGUGCGCAAUGGGCUGUGUCUCACUGCUGAGAAACAACCAGUUAUGUUUGCCGAAAAUUCCACAUCAGGAUGUCAAUUAUUUGUCAGCCUACAAAACCUGACCCAGUGUGAUCUCCUCAGAGAGACUGUUGGGUCCCUGCAGGCAACCUUGGUCACAGCUACAUAUGUUGCAAAAAGUGGAAACCCAAAUUCUGAAAUCGAAGAAGACUGGGUCAAAAUACAAUUUGAAAACUCACCCAAUGCAUUAGGAGAUGACGAAGGUUCAUGCAGUGGAAUUCCAUCCCAUACCCAUAUUCACAUUUGGAGUUUUGUUGCUGAAAUGACUGAAGGAAAUGCACAAAGGAAGAUUCAAGCUAUACAAGUCCGGUCCACACUGUCGACUUGGACAUUUGACUGUGCAGGAUGUGAUGUAUGUGAAGAUCCCACAGAGGCCCAGUUGUUUCAUAUCACAUCAUCCGUUACCUUUAGUGACAUUCCUAUACAUACUGGACCACCAAAAACCAGGUUCCAGAUAAACUUCACUGAGUAUGAUUGUGAUAAAAAUGAUGUAUGCUGGCCUCAACUGGCCUUCCCUUUGACCAAAUAUUACACUGGUGAGCCACAUUCCCAGUCAUUGGCUAAAGGCCUAAUCUUAGUCUUCUUUUUCAUCGCUGCUUCAGUUCUUGGUACUCCCUGGAGGCAAAUUCGGCAGGCUUGGAAUAGUUCUCUGUAAUUUUAGGAAUAAGGAUUACCAAGACCAACUUAUUUGACAUAUUUAUGUAUUUUACAAGAGCAGUUAUUACCCUGAGGGUAGGUUUACACUGUAUAUGUGUUAUACAAACAGCUGUGUACAGACAGAAAGAAAUUCACACAUACACAUGAUAGUGUAGUGACCCUGAGCUGAACGGUCCUACAUGGGGCAACCCGUCCCUUUUUCCAUGCUGAAAUGCAAUGCCCUCACAGUAGUGGUUCAUGUUUACAUUGCAUUAUAUUUAAUAUUAUAGAAUCCACCCUUAGACUUUGUAGAAAAAGUGCAUUUUUUUUUUUAACCAAGGCAUGUUUUAUUUAAAAUAAAAAAAAAACUUUAAAAAAACAACAACUGAUGUUUCAAUGUCAGUGUGUGUGUGUGGUUUUCCUAUACUAAAGAUUGAAAUUUUCAAAACUCUGUGCAGACAGUCUGAAAAUAUAUAAUGAUAUAAAACAUUUCAUGUAAACUGUUUACAAUACAGGUAGUCCCCGGGUUACAACAUACUGACGUACGUGAUUUCAACUUUACGAUGCCGGCGUCUUGUCCGCCAUUUUGUCUCCAGUCUCAUUUUUUUUAUAUAAGUCGUGUAAGCUGUUCCCUAUUGUACUUUAAAGUAUCUUAUUUUUUACUUUAUUAAUAUGACGUAUUCUGUCCUCACUAAACGUGAAGUUGUUCAGCUUGACAGACAGCAAACAAGGCAAUUGUGGUUUUUGAAACUUUUUACUUCCUUCACUUUUGACAA